GGCCCCGCCCCGAGCCUGAGCCCGCCUUCCGGCCGCCGCCGCGGGCACAGUCUGGGCAGCUUUGGGUGCUGUGGGAGAAAACGCAGCCUCCGCUAAAUUCUCCAAGGCCGUGUGUCGGCUCCCGCACACAUGCAGGCCGGCGCCAGAAGGACGGGGGCCAUGACCGAUGUCCACCGGCGCUUCCUGCAGCUGCUCAUGACCCACGGGGUGCUGGAGGAGCGCGAGGCGGAGCGCCUGCAGAGCCACUGCUACAAGGUUCACAACCGCAGUGCUCAGGUGGACAAGUUGGAGGACUUCAUCCACAACAUCAACAGCGUCUUGGAGUCCUUGUAUAUUGAGAUCAAGAAGGGGGUCACGGAGGAUGAUGGGAGACCCAUUUAUGCGCUGGUGAAUCUUGCUACAAGUUCAGUUUCCAAGAUGGCCACGGAUUUUGCAGAGAAUGAACUGGAUCUCUUCAGAAAGGCCCUGGAGCUGAUCGUCGACUCAGAAACGGGCUUCGCAUCUUCCACAAACAUCCUGAACCUAGUCGACCAGCUGAAAGGCAAGAAGAUGAAGAAGAAGGAAGCAGAGCAGGUGCUGCAGAAGUUCGUGCAGAGCAAGUGGCUGAUCGAGAAGGAAGGGGAGUUCACGCUGCAUGGCCGGGCCAUCCUGGAGAUGGAGCAGUACAUCCGGGAGAUGUACCCGGAUGCUGUGAAGGUCUGCAACAUCUGCCACGGCCUCCUCAUCCAGGGUCAGAGCUGCGAGACCUGCGGCAUCAGAAUGCACCUGCCCUGCGUGGCCAGGUACUUCCAGACCAACCCCGAUCCGCACUGCCCGCACUGUAAUGACUGUUGGCCCCACGAGAUUCCAGAGGUCUUCGACCCCAAGAAGGAGAGGGAGACUGCCGUCUCCAAGUCCAGCCGGAAGUCCCAGCGGUCCCGGCAGCAUUAGCCUGCGCGCCUGCAGGAGGCUGGCUCCGCCUGAGUGGCCCUUACCCCUGUGCCAGCAGGGGCUGGUCACAGCACUGGCAUGCCCACCGCCCUGCUCCGCGCUCCUCGGACAGCUUUACAAUAAAGCCUCGCAGGGGGCGUGCGGGGCGUGCGCCUGGCCGCCUGCUCU